CCUGAAUACGAACUAUCCAAUGACUCACCGUACCGGCGCCAGCGACUCUCCUUCUAAUUGCACUAGACAGAUAGAUCUAGCACAAAAAAGGAGCGUAAAUAGACCAAUUUGAGACACCGUGGCUGCCUGAAUUCGUUCCCGAAGCAACGCGUUGUGGUCGAGGAACACGAGGCACGAAGUCACGUGCAGGGAGUAUUUCAAUUAAACCCCUUUCAGACAGGGGCAGACACCGACCUGACGACAGGAGACUUAGAACAGCAAAUACUGGAUAUUAAUCACCGGUUUUCAACAUGGCGCGAAGACCACAACGUUCAAAUAUCCGGGGGCCACAUUCUGCCUUGACAGAUUUCCUAGCGUCCAACAAUAUCUCUGCGGCAGAAAUCCGCAAUAACUACGAGCAGCGCCUGAGGGAAGCCCGCCAACAAGAUGAACAGCAAACAAAUGACACUGGAGACAACAAUAACAACAGCCAGGCAGGUGCCGAGCAAGAUGAAGAAAUGCCCGAUGUUCCCGUGGAGAGCGCAAAGACAAGGAAACGCAAGUCACAGGCCACGCUUAAGGCUAUGAACGCCGCGAAGCAGAAGAAAGCGCAAGGCAUGCGAAAUGACGAUGCAAGAAUCUUCAAUUCCAUGGUCAGCGGGAGGAAAUCGGGUAACGCGCUUCCUGGCCAACUUGAGAACUGCGAGUAUUGCAAAAGUCGCUUCACCGUUACUACAUAUUCUAAAGCAGGCGCAAAGGGUGGUCUUCUCUGCGCCCCUUGUUCGAAACGGGAGGAUCUCCGGGACCAGCAAAGCAGAAAGACCCUUGCUAAUAAGAAUAAACGGGGCCGACGUCAAAAUGUUAGCAAGAUCCUGGAUGGUAUUGUACAGCUUGGCGCUCCGAGCCUUGUUGAGGCUUGCAUUAAGCAAGUUGCCAAUCACAUCGAAGAUAUCGAGGAGUUUGGUGACCUCCCUCCUGAUCUUGUCUUGAGGCUUAGCCACAUUUUGUCCAAACGACGGGCAUUGACUUCUUUAACGGUUGACCUGUUCCUCCGAGGUGACGUCACUGUCAUUGAUAUAUAUGACUCUGGCAAACUGGAAGAGAAUGAUUUUCAAAAGAUAUUCGCUACCAUGCCAUUCCUCGAAAGGGUCAAUCUUCGCUUUGCUGGUCAAUUAAAAGAUAAACAGCUCGAGUACAUGAUGGGCCACAAUAAAAACGUCAAACAUAUCCAUCUUGACGCAUCCAACCUCAUCUCAAAUGAAGGCUGGCAGAAAUUGUUCAAAGCAUAUGGCUCGAAACUUGAAAGCCUCAAAUUAUCCAACUUGGACUACUCGUUGGAUGACGAGUCGAUAGCUGUGAUGGUUGAACAUUGUACGAACUUACGCCGCCUGAAGCUAAAAACCUGUUGGCUGCUGGGCAACGAUGCGCUCAGCUCAAUCUCAAAACUCCCGAAAUUAGAGCACUUAUCCUUGGAAUUGCUCAAAGAGACAUCCUCCGAAGCACUGCUGGUGGUAGUCGACAAACUCGGGCCUAAUCUGAAGACCUUAUCGCUCAGCGGCUUCAAAAACGCCGACGACACCGUUUUGGACAUGAUUCAUCAACGCUGCAAGAGGCUUUCAAAACUGCGCUUCGCGGACAACUGCAUCUGCACCGAUGCAGCCUACGCUCGCCUCUUCACGGAUUGGGAUAACCCGCCUCUCACCAACGUGGAUCUUUCCAGCACUCGUGAUGUGGAUAACAAGAAUCCCGACGGCCCCGAAACCCCCAUCGGCCUAGCCUCGGCUGGCUUUCAAGCGCUCAUGGACCACUCCGGGAAAUUCCUCGAAAAGCUCAACAUCUGUUCCUGCCGACACAUUUCGCACGAGUCAAUGUCUGCCGUCUUCGACGCAACUCAUAACAAAUACCCCUGUUUGAAAGAGUUCGACAUGUCGUUCCACACGUCUGCGGAUGAUUUUCUUGUUCUUUCCAUCUUCAAGUCCUGUCCUGCCCUAAGGAAGGUUAUUGCGUUUGCUUGCUUUGGCAUUCGAGACGUUAGAAUUCCGCCUGGCGUGGCGCUUAUUGGGGGGUUGAAUGCGCACCAUACAGCGCUGCAGCAAGAUAGUAUGAAGGUUAUUGACCAAAUGUUUUGAAGAUAUGCUAGCGUGUAAGUGCGUGCAUUCGAUCUACCUGCGCUGCCUAGUAUUCGGUAUGAGCUAUGUUUCGAGGUUGUGUAUUCUGGAAUACCUAGUGAUGAAUCAAUGUAUCGUCCGAAGCUGCUAGGAUUCUUAUGAUAUUCUUUUACAUUGAAAUAAGCCAGAGAAGGUCUUCCGAGCCUCUCCUCUCGCAGGUUUUUCCCAUUUCCUUGUUCUUUUUCUAUCCUCAUUCUACCAAGUUUAAUACUUUUGAUACCCAACCCUACGUUCAGAUGCUUGCCGGGAAAACGUUGCUUGUCCUUUAGUGUUAUCGCCAGAAGUGACCUUGUCCAUUCAUACCAUUCACUUCUGGUAUAGCCUAGAGUGUGGUAGCUAUCAGUGUCUUGAGACCAUGCAAUCGCGCUGCGGCGUUAUACGGUAUCCCUUGCAAGUAGACCCCACCUGGCUGUAUACCUUUCCCAUUUCCUGCAUUGGGGAUGAUGAGGCGCGUAAGACUGCAUCUCAGCCGAGUAAAAGCCAGACAUAUAGAUAUAAGCUUUGUACCAUCCAUCUCUCAAACGAAGGCGGGAUUGUUGUGAAGGCCUGAUAAGGGGAGUGGACGCUCCAUCCUUCUCGAGGCAGAUGGGGAUCGUUGGCGACUAUCCGAGCAUGUAUAGCGACUGACCCUCGCCCUUUUGUGGGAUGGAUGUGUCCUAUGCUAUCCCACUCCACAUGGGCCUAACUUUGCCUGUAUCAAUCCCACUGCGCGUCCCCUAUCCCAUCGCAGCCUAUCUCACUAUCCCUUCGUUCUCUCUAGGCUAUACCUAUCGCCUGCUCAUUCAUCGACAGCUCAGAUCGCUGCUUCCCUAAGUACGCCGGUGGUGGUUUUCCAGCAACACGCCGCGACAACCUCAAGGGUAAGCCCGUCAAAACUGCCUACUAUAUCGGGUGUUAUUAGAUAGCCGCGAAAGAUCGUAUAUACAACUCUUGGAGAGGCACCCUCUAUUCAAUCCCACCAUUAAUGGACGCAAAAAUACCGUCCGUCGUCUCUCCGCUCUCUUCGAACAGCCAUACGCAGGUCAAAAUGACUGGCAUCAGCACGAAAUACGAUCGCCAGCUCGCUGACAGCGACUCUUUCACUAGCUACGACUUCCUAUAGCGCCUAGAAACCCAAAUGCCCCAAUAUCGAGCCGUGCACGGCUACCCGGGGUUCUACAACCAGACGUAUGGGUGCAGACGAAGCGGGCUUCUUCACCAGGAUGUCUCGACGUUGACCAUAGCGACACGACACGGUCUACCUACUCUGCUAGUUACAGCAUCUACUCCUGCUACCUGAGCGUCGAUGUCUUGCCUUACUUGGGCUAUCUGGGUGCGAUAUCUGGGGCUGUGGCCUUCAUUGGAGCGGUUGAGAUGGCUCUUUUUUUUUUGUAUAGGAUAUGGCGCUCUUUCGAUGAAAACAGCUCUAGCAGGAGUUAAUAUAGCAUGAUAUACUACACUACACUACUCUACUCGUUUCUACUGAUAAUAUAUCCCUCCUACUCCCCGCCCAUCGUUCAUUUCCUCGUUCCGUCUGCCCAUUCUCUCAUCUCUCGCGAUCUCAUUUCCUACUAUACCAACCUGUGUUGCCCGCCAGGGGCCCUCGGAGUGUGCACUCUGCCACAGGAACAAAAAUGUCGACAUUUCUGUCGGGGGCAAUCUGAUUGCCACCCAUCUGGCAGUACGUUCCCUGAACCGUCCAGGGAACUGGAGGAAAUAAGAAACCUGACAGCUAUACAUGCCCGAACUGGCUAGAUAGUCUUAAACACUCUCCUGCAUAUCAUCGGCCUUGUAUAUCCCGAUUAGGGGAGCGGCGACUGCAUAUUCCUCGAUAGAAACGUACUUCGCAAGGCUAA